UCAAAACCCUGCUCCGGAAUUGUGAAUUGCCGAGCACUGUACUAAGCGCCUGGGAAGCAGAAGAAUUUUACGAAACAACGACAGGGUUCUGCCGCCAACGAGGAAAAUGAAAGGCGUUCCAGAAGAGCACCUGUACCUGGAAUUUUCUCACCAGUCGGAAGAGAGCAUUUUCCCGCUCCACACGUCGAUAUCGCUGUUCCUGCUGGCUUACUGCGACUGCAAAAUAUUCAGGAUCUUCUUAGUUCCCGUCGCCGGGAGCACCGAGGGCCCCGUCGGGAACGCCGGGCGGCCCGGGGACUUGGAAAUCCGGAUCAUUUCGAGACGGGAGCUCCCCGCGGUGAUUCAGAGCUGCUGUCUGCCCGCUGUGGUGGGCACGGCGGAAAACUUCUGCCGAGUGGGACUUUCCGUGGUGCUGAGGCACGUCAUACAGAAGGCCUUCGACGCGGAUCCGUCCAAGAAGGACGUUCUGGAACUUCUGGGCUUCAAAAAGACUUGCUUGAAAUCCUGUGCUGAAGUCAGCCAGUGGACCCGACUGUGCGAGCUCGGCGUCCCCCUCGCCGUGGAGAGAUUCCUGCGGUGGGCCGGAGAAGACGCCGGCCCCGUCCCCCCGGAAAUCCGGCAGCUGGAGGAGAAGCUCGGAGAGCCCGUCAGGGUCCACAACGAUGACAAAAUCCGGAGGCUCCAGCUGAAGCAGCGGAGAGCGGUCGGAGAAAGGGCCGGCCCGGAGCCCCCCGAGGGAACCCGGGGGUCCCCGGCUGCCCCCCCGGAGCGGAAGGCGGCCACCACAGAGCCCUCCCUCGGGGCUCCCGGCGGGAAAGUGCCGACCCCGGCGCUUCCCCCUCUCCAUCGCGUCUUCGCCGAAGGGCUGUCCGUCACCCUCGCCGACCUGGUCCUCCUGCCCUGCGUCCACCCGUUCUGGGUUUCAGCCUGCAAGAAGCAGAGUAAAUAUCUGGACGAGCUUCCCCUGAUCGCCUCUUGGUAUCAGAGAGUUCAGGCGGUACCCGGAGUGAAGAGAGCCGCUCAAAACUGUGGAAUCCGGUUUCUCCAGUUCCCCAAUUCAGGGGCCGCCCGGGAAAAACAGCCGCCAAGCCCGGGUGCGGUUCCUGACGCCGCGCAGGUUCCCGGCGACCCUCGGUUCGUCGGAGGCCCCAGACCCACGAUGUCCAAGUUGAUGGAAAAAGGCAUUGAGGCCCAGUUCUCUCCCCAUCCCUGCCCAAACUGGACCGUAGAUUGGAGCAGCCUACCCGCGGCGGUGAAGCCGGAGGAGGGUAAGAUGUCCAGUGAUCGCGCUGUGAGGAAGCAGCAGCAGUUGAACAAUCUGGUUUCCAUGGUGACACGAUUGGCCAAGCCCGGUGACACAAUUGUGGAUUUCUGUAGCGGCGGGGGCCAUGUUGGAAUUGUCCUGGCCUAUCUCCUGCCAUCAUGUCAGGUGAUAUUGAUAGAAAAUAAGGAGCUGUCGUUGGUCCGAGCGAAGAGCAGAAGUGACGAACUAGGUCUCACCAACAUUUGGUUUAUCCAAGCAAACCUAGACUACUUCAAGGGGAUGUUUAAUAUCGGGGUGGCCCUGCACGCCUGCGGCGUGGCCACGGACAUGGUGAUUGAGCACUGCAUCCGCGCCCGGGCCGCCUUCGUCACCUGCCCAUGUUGCUACGGCUUCGUUCAGAACACGGUGAAGUUUACGUUCCCACGAAGUCAACAGUUCAGGGAUGUUUUAUCCUAUAAGGAGCACAUGAUUCUCUGCAGAUUUGCAGAUCAGACAGCUGUUCAGCUCCCGCUAGAGCGCAGGCUCAUAGGAAAACACUGCAUGGGUCUGGUCGACCUCGAUCGGGCCAGAGCCGCGGAAGGAUGCGGCUACUCGGUUCAAGUGAUCUCCAUGGAGCCAGAAAGCUGUUCCCCCAAAAACAACAUGGUAGUGGGGGUACCCGUUUAGAUCGAGACGUUUACGUUCGAUCUGUUGCCACCGGUAUUCGGGAUCAGAGUCUCUUGACGUCGUGGCAGAGCGGACACCACACAUCCUGGACCUAAAGAAAAGAAAGCAGCGGGAUAAUCCAGGAAGGAGAGCUACCUACAGAGCGUCAUAAAAGCUGCUUGUGACCGUGUAAUUAACGGCCGCUUCGCGAAACAGUACCAUUCACAGGGCCUCCUUUAAACCAAGGAACCGGCCUCUUGGAGGGAAUAACGAUUUCCCCUUCACUGCCUUGGCCCAACUUGACCGUUUGGCAAGAUUGUGUGACGUGAUACUCUCCCUUCAGCUCGCCCCAUGAAAACCGAAAGUGGACUAGGCUUUAUUUUCAGUUUUUAAUGUUUCAACUGUACCUCUGCUAUAAAACUCUUUAAAAGCU